ACUCGAGACGCUGCGAGAUUCCGGACAGAUUCUUACGGUGCAUCUUGGUGCUCAAGUGAUUCUCUCCAGAGUGGAAAAGUAGAAGAAAGGGGGGAAAGAAGAGCUUGGUGGAGCAAAAUAACGGAAUUUCCUCUUAUUACCCGGUCUUGCAGUACACCAGUUUGGAAGAUAUUGGAAGUGAACGGUGAGCACGAGCCAAUAUGCAGAACCUAAGACCGCUCAUCUUAAGCAUGCUGUUGUGCUCAGCUUUCUCCUCAACUCUGAAAGCCCAAGAAGAUUCCCAGAUUCUAUUUUUUGGGGAAGACUUUCACAUCAAAAUCCCUGCAGGUGGAGCUGACGUGUCGUUCAGUUCUUCCAUUGUUCCUGGACAUGUGAAGCCGCUGAUGAGUUCAGGGAAGGUGGUGGAUAUUCGUGCCAAACUCAAUGUUGCUUUGAGCCACCUGAUCUUGGAGAAUGUUGGAGAGAGCGAUGAAGGAGUCUACACUGUCACAUCCAACCAAAACCCUGAGGAUGUUACACACAUCACACUCAUUGUUAGAGAUUGCUCUAGUGAGGUCAUCGUGAAGUAUGGUUCCGAUUUUGACGUGUCGCUGAAUGAUAUCUCACAGCCAGUGCAAGUAGACUUUCGUAACAGCACAGUGGAGGCCAAUCAGACGUCCCUGCAGGCUGUGAAAGUACUCAGAGAGAAUUACCUGGAUCGCAUCAGUUUCACUGAUCAGAAGUUCACUCUCCAAGCUGUCACAGAGGCUGAUGAAGGCAGUUACACCUUCAGCGAUUCCAAUGGGAAAAUCAAAAAGAAGAUCUGCCUAAAUGUGAAAGCACAUCAGAUCUUUGUUACCAUUUCAUAUGGUGGCACUCUGAAAAUAAAUCUGCACUUGAAUAGAUCCUUGGCUCGCCUGCUCCACACCCCAAAGUCUGAUAACCAUGAGUAUUUGGUUAUGGAGAAAGGAUAUCUCAAUGUGCCUCCUAACCUCCCGAAUCUCAAUGAUCGUCUCUCUGUGGAGGAUUCUUUGUGUGUUCUGAUGGGGGUGAAGCCCAGUGAUGCUGGAGUUUUCAGUGUGACUGACCUUCAAGGAUUCCGUGUGUCUAAUGUCUACCUGGAGGUGGAAGAAUACAAGCUUCCUAAACUGUACAUUGCCAUCAUUGCUCUGGUUGCAUUAGUGGUGGUGCUGCUGUUGGUGUGUCUGGUAUCAUGUUUGGUGAAGAUACGCAAACGUGCCUCAAAAUCCAAAGCCAUUGAGGAGAAAUCCCAGGAAGCAGGCAAAGCUGAGGGAGAUACUUUCAGAAAGGUUGUGAAAGAGGCCUGUGCCCAGCAGAAUGAUGAAGCUCCACCCCUGUCACAAAAAGAGGAUCUCACUGAGAAAUCACAGAGCACAGAGGUCAGCAUUAAGGGUUUAGAAGUAUCCACGAAAGAGCCAAGCCUCCAAGAAAGGAACCUUGAGACCAGUGACUCUGGAGUGGGCUUUAAUACCACUGGUCUCCCACUUGACAGUGACACUGAUGCACCAACAGCACCUAUAGCAGAUUCUGAUGUAUUAAGUUAUUCUGAUGCUCCUGAUGUCAAAGCCACUCCCAUCCAAAUUCCAGAGCCAAAGACUGCUCCCUCACCUCCAAAACCAGCCGCAAUGUCUGACCUGAAGCCUGCACCUACACCUUCGACCAAGUCAAUGGCUCCUCCACCACCUUCUCCUGAACCCAAACCUCCAGUAACACCUGAACCCAAGCCUCCUGUCACACCAACGCCUGAAUCCAAACCUGCUCUUUCCCCAAAAGCAGAACCUGAAAGCAAACCUGUUCUUACCCCUGAACCUAGAUUGACCAUCCAACCAACACCUGAAGCAAAACCAACCUUAAGCCCAUCUCCAGAACCAAAGCCAGAUAUGACAUCUGAUCCAAAACCAACUCUAAGUCUAACACCUGUAACCACAUCAACCACUGAUGUUAAGCCAACUCCAAGUCCAACCAUGGAACCUCCCAAAGCUGUAACACCAACACCUGAUGCGAAACCAGCCACUACUCCAGAUGUCAAACCAGCAGUCACACCAACCCCUGAACCAUCUAAAGAUGGCACCCCUGAGCAAAAACCUGCAUUGAGCCCAACACCAGAUCCCAAAACAUUAGUCAAUGAUCCCAAGCCUGCUUUGACUCCGGAUCCUAAACCAGAUACAGUCUCUCCAAUCCCUGAGCUUAAACCAACUUCACCCACUCCACAGUCUAAACCACCUGUCUCGCCAGUUCUCGACCCCAAACCAACUACAAAUGGUACUCCCCAGUCCAAGGGUGACAGUGGGUCCAUCAUUCCUGGGUUGGAUGUGAAGGGCAUGGAGGCACCUGCCACUACCCCUCCCAAAACUCCAGAUACUGGGAAAAGCUCAAUCAAAACACCUGAGCUCAUCUCUGCUCCGGAAGGAAAACUAAAUUCGACUUCACCCUCAAGCACUGAUGGAGCUGCCACCAACUGAGAUUACAACCGUAGCCUCUUUCCUGCCUCCUCCUCGUGUAUUAACCACCACAGACAAUCGAGACACUUGCUUAACAAAACAGAAGAGCUAAGUGUCUUCGUAAAGGAGUGGGGUUCUUCAAUCUUUUAAGUCUCACUUUUAAUACGAUUAAUGCGCAUCAAUAAUAUGAUCCACUGUAAAUUCACUCUGUUUACUAAUAUUUAAUCACUCCGUAACAGUAGAGUAACUUACAUGAAAUACAGAAAUUAAGCACUGCAAUGUUAUACCACUGGCUAAUUUAACACAAAAAUGAAAAUUCUGUCAUAAUUUACUCACCCUCAUAUCGUUACAAACCCAGAUCACUUUCUUACUUAUGCAGAACACAUUAGGAAAAAAUUUAUUGAAUAUCCCAGUCCAUUUUUUCAAUAUAAUGGCAGUUGAUAAUGCCUCACUUUAAAGCUUUAAGGCCCUGGUAUACUUCAUACGAAAUCGAAGAAUGAAUGGGUGUGACAUCAUUUAGAACAAAAUCUGGCCAAAAAGGUGUUUUUGAGUUUGUUUCGGUGGUGCGUAAAAGCUUCUCAGAAAAUCGUCUUAACAGAUGAUAAACACCUUCUUACUGCCAUUGGUCCACGCCAUAUAUAGAUGUGACCUGAAGCACCACCUACAUUAAGGUGAGAACAACUUGUAAUUCCCAUUUAGUCAGUCACUCAAGAUCAGUCAACAUGAACAAACUGGCAUGCAGUUAUUAGCGAGCUGGCAUAAAUUGACCUACACCUGUACGAUUGUUUGUGUAGAGACAUUUUCCAAGAACUUGCCAUGUGAUUUUUUUUUUUAUUUAUUAGUCUUAGUCUUUAUUUAGAAGACAAUAUAAUAUCUUCUCCGGGAGUAUAUUGAGGCCUUAAAAAAGGACCCAAAUAAAAGUAGUCCAUGCAACCAUACACUAUCCACUGGCAAUGUUUUGAGAAGACUGACAUAUUAUGAGAUAUUUUUAAAACAUAUUUAAAACAUAUUUUUUGUGUACCAUAUAAGAAAGUAAGUCAUACGGGUUUGGAACGACAUGAGAUUGAGCCAAUAUUGACAGUAUUUUCAUUUUUGGGUGAACUAUUUGUUUAACACAGAAUGAGGGAGGCUGUAUGUGGUAUUCAAAAAAAUUGUACAAAGGCAAAUCUUCCUUCCCCCAAAAUAAUACAAUGUCUCUGCAUGAAGAUAUUGAGAAAAUAAACUGUAUUAUCUUUUUCAUAAUUCAAAAUUACUGCAGUUAAACUUGGAGAAAGGUGCACAGAAAGCCCAACUUUCUGCUUUUUGAGGACUGAAAAAUCGUUUGCCACUUGUCAUCAUGUUGUUAUGACAAAGGACAUGUCUCAUUGUCGCAUUUUUGCAGAAAAGGAAAACUACAGUGAAGUAUGAAGCCAAACUAAGAUCUUGAUAUGAUGAAGGACACCUAUUCCAAAAAAUUUAAAAUCACGAUACUACAUAGACUAAUCUGUGACUCUGUGCCUGGAGGACAUUUUUGAGAAUCUUCCACUAUUAAUCCAACCUUCGACACUGGUCUCACGGGCACCCUUGUCCAGUUCUGUGACACUUCACAUUUCAAGUUCAUUCAACAACAAAAAUGAUUGUUGAAAUCUCUCAUAAUAUUUCCAUUAACAAGAGCUGUUACAAAUUUUCACCAUUGAAAACACUCAGUGACAACAUUAUCCAUAAGCAGGUGCUUUGCUAGAUCCCAGUAGUAAGGCUGUUUGGAUAGUUUCUGUUAUUCCAACUUGAUGAUCUAUUUGUGAUGUAUUCAGAAUGUUGUUUGUAUCCAAAUCUGCUGUUGCUUGGAGUUGAAGUGAACAAGCUUUGUAGAAGAUCUAGAUUGUUGCGUUGCAUCUGGUUAAAGGGAUAUAGUAACCAAAUGUAAAAAUUCUGUCAAAAUAUACUCACUCUCAAGUCAUUCCAAACCCAUAUCUUUCUUUCUUAUGUAAAACACAAAAGUAAAUAAUUAUUUGAAUGAAUAUCAUGGCUUAUCUUUCAAUACAUACAGGUUUGGAAUGACAUGAGGGCUGUUCAUUUUUACAGAAUGUACAUUUCUGGGUGAAUGUUGCCUUUAAUCUACUAUGUUCCAUGAGUCAUUUUGGAUUUAUAUUCAGUGUUAUUAGAUGACUUCAGUCUUGCAUAUCAGUUUACAAAUAUUCCAGGUGCCUCCAGUGGAACCUGAACAUCACUGCCUGAUUGCUUAUGUUAGACACAUCCAGGAAUCUGCUCUUAAUACACGACUUGACAGCCAUGAAGUCUUAGCAAUGACUCAUAAUGUUAAUAUCACAAACACUAGAUGUUAUUCCUAAGGUUUACUGUAGCUUUCAAUGGUAAUAAUUAUGGCAUACCCCCUGACAAAACAGACUUUGUUACCAGAAGCGCAAAUUUAGUCAAUAAAUGAUAACUCAGAAUUGCUUACUGAGCACAUAUGAAUCGUGUUUUGUGAUCUUAAAAUUGAAAACCCUGCUCUGUUUGGAGAGAGCAUGUAUUGAAGUAAGACAAUGCAAGAAAGUCAAAGCAAUACAAAAACAUGCGCCACACAUACAGUAUGUGUACACAUGCAUAAUCAGAUAAUAACUUGUCUUUACAUAUGUAUUGUGAAGUACAGUGGAGUGGAUUUCAAGUUCCAUAUUAUUGAAUUAAUCACAACCAUACACUGCUAAAGGUAGCCACGUCAGGGAUCUCGUGUACUUUCAUACAAUAGAAACCUAUAAACAUAGUGUAGCAUAGCCCACGUGCUCCCUUGUGACCAUACUCCCCUACCGACUAAUCUGAUUGGCUGUUCAUUUCUUAUUUCCUAAUUGUCAAGCUCCCAUCGUACAAAAUGAUGACACGUUUAAGUGCACCCUGGUAAUGUGCAUCACACAGGUUUUCAGGCAAAAUCAAUAUUCCUCUGAUUACUACUUAUUAAAUCAUGCUUAAAGGAAUAGUUUUCCCUAAAUAAAAAUGUUGUCAUCAUUUACUUACUAUUAUGUUGUUUCAAUCCUGCAUGACGAUCUUCCGUUGAACAGAAAAAUAGAUAUUAGGCAGUAUGUUAGUCUCAGUCACCAUUUACUUUCAGUGCAUCAUUUUCAAUGAAAGUGAAUGGUGACUGACACUAACAUACUGGCUAAUAUCUCCUAAGUGUUCCAUGAAAGAAAGUCAUACAGGUUUGGAACAACAUGAGGGUGGGUAAAUGAUGACAGAAUUUUCAUUUUUGAAUUAACCUUCUCUUCAAUAAUUGAAUUAACUCAGUAACAUGAAUCUUCAAGACACUGCCACUGAUAUAUUAGUUUUGUAUCAUGACAUGAUUAACUGUCUGUUUUUGUAUUUUGUGUGGCACAUUGUGCCCUAGACAAUUGUGCUUGUGUGUGUGCGGGUGCAUUGUGUUAUUUACCUUUGAGAGAUUAUAGAUGUUUUUCACCAUUGGCAACAUCAGAAGGCCUAUAUAUAUGUUUGUACAUGUGCAUGUGAGUAUGUUUGUGUGUAUGUCAGUGUGUUAAUACAGCAACAAUUUUCAUUGGAUAGAUGUCAGUUUUAUGCAACUACCAGUGUUCCUCCUCUCCAGCCUGCUGGUAAUUGCCAUUCCUUUUUAAGUGGUACUUAAUGCAGGUGCAACGUAAAAGAGUUUUUAGUGCUUUGCUUUCUGCUGAUAUUUACAUUCAGUCAAGUGGUAUAUUGUCAAACAAAGGUAAAAUGCAUGAAUUCUAUCACUGAAACUAAGAAAAAAAAUUACUUAAUAUUUUUGGGAUUGUUCAGCCAAAUGUGUUGUACAGGGUAAUGCACUGCUCAUAUAUGUGCACAGUUGAGCCACACCUAGUCUAAGAGACAUGAUUUUGGUCAUAACUCAAUUUUGUCAAAAAGUACAGUAUAGUAACUGCAUUUUGCCUGUGUACAGCAGUACAUCAACCAGCUGACCAAGAUAGCCUUGAUUUUUAAUCCACACUCAAGACUAUGCCAAUGCAUCGUCAUUGUAGUCUACGAUUGCAUGCUAUAGAGUUGCAUUCCCACAGUGUCCAUCUGUGCUAGUGUAGUCAUAGGAGGUAGUGUUGAAUGUGUCACCCUGUAUCUGUUCAGUCACACAUCAGAUAGACCUGGUUGGUCACUGAUAUUCUAUAGGGCAUUAUGUCAGUACCUAGAAUUGUGUGUGUGCUCUAUAGAAGUAUCCCUAAAGAGCGAGGAAAAUGAGUGGUGAGAAUGCAUAUUAGAUGUUAAAGAGAUUGUUUAUCAAAAAAUGGAAAUUCAGUCAUCAUUUACUCACCUUCAUGUUGAUCAAAACCUGUAUGACUUUAAUUCUUUGUGGAACACAAAAAAAGAUGUUAGGUGAAAUGUUAUCCUCAGUCACCAUUCACUUUCAUUGUACAGGAAAAAAAAUGCUGCAAUGCAAGUUAAUGGUGAGUGUGACUGUCAUUUAAAAUCGAAUAUUGUGUUCCAUGGAAGAAAGAUACAGGCUUUUGAAGAACAUUAGGGUGAGUAAAUGAUGACACAAUUUUUACGCUGGUGUUGUGCAUGCUGAAGUCUGGUUGUGUCCCAAAGGUUUAUGAGUGGUCAACAUCUUCUGUCGCUUGCUGCCUCUCUUUUCCUCUUGUUAUUCCACCUUAUAGUGAUGCUCUUCAGUUUAUCAGUCCCUGAUCUUCCAUUUUGCACAAACACGUAAACAUUUUGUAAGGAAAAGUAAUACUUUCUUUAUUUCAUGGCUAGAAAUUACAAUAAAAAUAAAGAUUUUAAAAUGUU